AUGUGUUCAUUCCUUCUUUUGUUCUUUCUCUUUUCUUUCUUGCUUUUUUUCUUACUUUUUCUUUUCUUUCUUUUUCUGUUUUCUUUCCUUCUUUCUUUCUCUUUCUUUUCUUUCUUUUUUCUUGCUUUCUCUUUUCUUUCUCUUUUCUUUCUUGCUUUUUUCUUAAUUUCUCUUUUCUUUCUUUCUUUUUUCUUUCUUGCUUUUUUCUUACUUUUUCUUUUCUUUGUUUUGUCUAUUUUCUUUGCUUCUUUCUUGCUCUUUCCUUUCUCUCUUUUUGCUUUCUUUCUUUCUUUCUUUCUUUCUUUCUUUCUUUAUAAAUUAAGUGAUAGCAAAUGUCUUCAUUCCUUUAGCUUUGUCUUCUUUUUCUCCUUCUUCUCCUUCUCCUCCUCCUCCUUCUUCUUCUUCCUCCUCUUCUUCUUCUUCUUCUUUUCCUCCUCCUUCUUUUUCUCUUUCUUCCUUUUCUACUCCUCCUCCUUCUUACUAAUAUUUCUCAUCACUUACAAUCUUUUUAAAUUUAUUCUUCAUAUACUGUUAUUAUUAUUAUUAUUGCUAUUAUUAUUGCUGUCAUUACUUUCACUCAUUUACACUUCUUCUUUUUUUUCCUUCAUCUUCUUCUUCCUCUUCAUCUUCUUUUCCUCCUCCUUCUUCUUCUCCUUCUUUUUCUUCUUCUUUUCCUCCUUCUUCUUCGUUUUCUUUUUUCCUCUCCUUCUUCUUUUCCUCCUUCUUCUUCUUCCUCUUCAUCUUCUUUUCCUCCUCCUUCUUCUUCUUCUCCUUUUUCUUCUUCUUUUUCUCCUUCUUCGUUUUCUUUUUUCCUCUCCUUCUUCUUUUCCUCCUUCUUCUUCUUCCUCUUCAUCUUCUUUUCCUCCUCCUUCUUCUUCUUCUCCUUUUUCUUCUUCUUUUUCUCCUUCUUCGUUUUCUUUUUUCCUCUCCUUCUUCUUUUCCUCCUUCUUCUUCUUCCUCUUCGUUAUCUUUUCCUCCUCCUUCUUCUUCUUCUCCUUUUUCUUCUUCUUUUCCUCCUUCUUCGUUUUCUUCUUUUUUCCUCUCCUUCUUCUUUUCCUCCUUCUUCUUCUUCCUCUUCAUCUUCUUUUCCUCCUCCUCCUUCUCCUCCUCCUUUUUCUUCUUCUUUUUCUCCUUCUUCUCGUUUUCUUUUUUCCUCUCCUUCUUCCUUUCCUUCUUCUUCGUCUUCCUCUUUUUUCCUCUUCCUUUUCCUCCUCCUACUCCUCUUCUUUUUUUUCCCUACUUCUACCUUUAUCACUCUCUUAA